GCAUACGAGGAUACCACUCUGCUUGCAUUCCAUCGGCUGGUCAUAGGAAGGUGGUUUCUAUACCUCUAUGCUCGGUCUCCUCAGGACGAGGGUGACGGUAUGCGCCGUCAGACCUUCGUUGACGAGGCCAAUACCGACAUGGCAUCAAUUCCGCCUCCGAGCACAAGUGCACUCGCAUCGGCGACUCGCUACUGACUCACCAUCCACACCACCACCAUCAAAUCUCCCUCCUAUACCAUCUGCAAAGCCCGUUGCAACAGAACCGCCAACCCCGAAGCCGUCUGUCAUCUCCAAAAUCCUCCCACCCUCGCUUGCAAAGACACAGAAGGCCACCUCAUCCUUCCGCAAGAUCGCUGCGCUCGCGAGGCCCGAGGCAAAGCCUCUGACGAUCUCCGUAGGGCUGCUGGUCAUCUCGUCCACUGUGUCUAUGAGCAUCCCCUUCACGAUCGGGAAGCUGAUCGACUUCUUCACGUCCUCUCAGCCGCAAAUUCCUCUGGGACUCAGUCUGGGUCAAGCGUCGGUAUUGUUGCUUUUGCUGUUUACGGUUGGAGCGGCUGCGAACGCAGGUCGCGCCAUGCUCAUGCGAAUAUCAGGUCAACGGAUCGUCGCUCGUCUGCGUGAGCGUAUGUAUGUUGCUUCCUUGAAACAGGAAGUCGAGUAUGUGGAGCGCGGCGAGGGCGACGUUCUAAGCCGGCUCAGUGUGGACUCGAGUAUUGUCGGUGAAAGCCUGACGCAGAACCUCUCGGAUGGCCUUCGCUCGGUGAUCAUGUCCUCAGCCGGAUUGGGUGCGAUGUUCUACAUCUCGCCACAGCUGACGCUGCUCAUGCUCACAAUCGUCCCUCCCGUCUCGCUCGGUGUCGUGUUCUACGGAAGAUACAUCAAGAAGCUGUCGACCAGGACACAGGAGGCACUUGGCGAGAUGACGAAGGUCGCCCAAGAGUCGCUUUCCGCCCUACGGACCGUGCAAGCUUUCAACGCUGUCCCGCAAGAGCAUGAAAAGUUUCACACACGGGUAGACAAGGUCCUCGCGCUCGCGCGCAAAGAGGCGAUUGCGAGCGGGAUCUUCUUUGGCAGCACAGGCUGGAGCGGGAACGUCACGCUGCUGGGGUUGCUUGCAUACGGUGGCACCCUGGUCUCUCAGGGAACGAUAUCGGUCGGGGACCUGACCAGCUUGCUACUAUACACGGUCUACGUCGGGAGUGGUCUGCAGAUGCUAACGUCCUUCUUCGCUUCCAUCAUGCGUGGCGUCGGCGCCGGCGAGCGCAUCUUCGAGCUGCUCGACCGCGCGCCUGCGAUCCCGCCUGACGUCGGGCUUGACGUCGACCCGGCGCGGCGUGGGCCCGUGCGCUUCGAAGGCAUCUCGUUUCAGUAUCCGACCCGGCCGGGCGUGCAGAUCCUCAAGGACCUAGACCUAGAGAUAUCGGUCGGGGAGAGCGUUGCGAUCGUCGGCCGGAGCGGGAGCGGAAAGUCGUCGAUCAACGCGCUGCUCAUGCGAUACUACGAUCCGGUGAAGGGCAAAGUGACGUUUGACGGACAAGACAUCCGGGAGUUCAAACCCUCGUCGUGGCGAAGCAUAAUCGGCGUGGUGCCGCAGGAUCCUGUGCUCUUCACAGGUACCAUCGCUUCAAACAUUGCUUACGGCAACGACACAGCCACGCGCGAGCAGAUCGAGGCUGCGGCGCGCGAAGCUAACUGCGAGUUCGUAUGGGGCAUGCCGGAUGGGUUCGACACCGAGAUUGGCCGCCUGAGCCUCAGUGGCGGCCAGCGGCAGCGGCUGGCGAUCGCACGGGCCCUGCUGAAGAAACCCGCGAUCCUCGCACUGGACGAGGCGACGAGCUCGCUGGACGCAACGUCCGAGCAUCGGGAAAGUGUCAACGAUGCGAUUGAUAAGAUCCUCCGCUCAAGACAAACGACGUGCCUGAUUGUUGCGCACCGGCUGUCGACUAUCGCGCGCGCGGAGAAAAUUGUGGUCCUCGAAGAGGGCCAUGUCACGGAGAUGGGCACGUACCGACAGCUGAUCAACAACCCGGACUCACGGUUUCGCGUUUUGAUGGCCGCCCAACUGAAUGCUGCAGCUGGGGAAUCGCCGGUGGCCCAGACCGAGGAAGCGGCAGAGGAGCACGAAGAGGACGAAGAAGAGGUUCGAGAUGUCUCAGAGCCGCGGUCUCAGCCGUCCGCCCAGCUGUGAGCGCGAGGAUGCCUACGUUGCGUGGACACUGACAUGAAGCUCACGGAAGAUGUAUUCUAUGGCCAUCGAGUAAUGCUGUAUCUAGAAUCUCAAGCAGAGUUCCGUGUACAGGUCCUGAAGCGCGA